CGGGAACGGGGACGUUCUCAGCACGGAGACAUUAACCCCGACCUCUCGCGUGUUUCCGCCAUCCCUCCUCGGCGCGGGUCCGAGGUACGUGCCGAUCACACAAGGCGACUCCCAGCUGGACCCAGAGCCUGUCCCUUCUUCCAAAGUCUGCCAUGGGGGAGAGGAACGGAUUCUGCUGCAAGGAUGAGGACGUGGAGAAGUUCUUGAGUCCCUCUGAGGGAGGAGCAUCCCAGCACCCCGCCGCGCCUGGCGAUACCCGUGAAAGGACGGAUGGGAGAGUCCUGGGCAGGUGCCCCACGCUCCAUCCAGUGUGGGCUGGUGUGGUGGUUGUACUGGUGGCUCUGGUGCUGGCUCUGAUCGUGGCUGUUGCUGCACUCUCAGCAGGAAGACAUGGAGGGGAUCCAGCUGUGCCUGCGGCUCUGGUGCUGGCCUGUCCUGAGGACUGGGUUGGGUACCGCAAUGUCUGCUACUACCUGUCGAGGGCUGAGGGCAGCUGGAAUUGGAGCCAGGAGCAGUGCUCCUCACAUGGGGCCUCGCUGGCCAUGCCCCGGAGGGAGUGGGAGAUGGAGUUCCUCUUGCGCCUCAAGGGCAACAUGGAUUACUGGCUUGGGCUGCGGAGACGGGGCGAGCGCCUGCAGUGGGUGGAUGGCAGCAGCUUCAACCAGAGGAUCCCAGUGAAGGGCCAUGAACCUUGUCUGUUCUUGAAUGACCAUGAUCUCAUGAGUGCCAGCUGCUCCCAGGUCCGGCCCUAUCUCUGCAGCAAGCCCCAAGAUCUGAUGGGAACCACAUGACAGAGGGCUGGCAGCGAGUGAAGGCCUUUUCUGCUCCUCACACCGCCCUGCCAGCGAGCAGGCUGGGGGGACACAGGCGGGACAGCUGACCCCAACUGACCAAAGGGACGUUCUGUACCAUGUGACGUCGUGCUCAGCAUUUAGAACUGGGAGAAGAACCAAUGGAGAGGAUGUUCAAGAGCUUCCAAGGGGAUCCAGUGGGCUCUAAGGGGAUCCUGGGGGUUUCAAAAGUUUCCAAGGGUGUCCAAGGAAUUCCAAGUGGUACCAAGGUUAGCUGAGGGUUCCAAAGGGUUUCCAAGGUGAUCGAAGGUCAUCCAAAGUGUUCCAAGGGGAUCCAAGGGGUAUUGGGGGAUCCAAGGGGAUCAAAGGGGAUGCAAGUAGUUCCAAGAGUGUUUAAGGGGGUGGAAGGGGAGUGAGGGGGAUACAACGGGAUGCGCGGUCUCUCAGGGGUUCCCAGUGGCUUCAGGGGGAUCCAAGGAGUCCCAAGGGAUUUCAAGGGGGUCCAAGGGGUUCCAAGGUAUUUGAAGUGGAUCCAAGGGGGUGCAGCUGGUUCUAAGGGGAUCCAAGGGGUUCCAAAGGGUUCUGAAGGCGUCCAAGGAGUUAUAAGGAAGUCCAAGGGCAUCAAAGGGAUUCCAAGAGGGUCCAAGGGUUUCCAAGGGGAUCCUGGCCCCCCGGCGUGGUUUAACCCCAGCCAGCAACUAGGAGCAGGCAGCAGCUCCCUCACUGCCCCCCUCUCCUCCAGUGGGGGGGGAGAAGAGGGAGAAAAGGAGCAGAAAAACCUUGUGGGGUGGGAUAAAGACAGCUUAAUAGAAGAGUAAAAGUAG